GUUAUUAAUCUAUGACUAAAAUUGAGUAAAAAUAUGUGACGUUUGGAACUAAAUUGGAUAACAAAUACUUAUUAACACUUAGUUUUCCUUUAAAUUAGGUGAGAAAUCAAAUUUAUCCGAGAUACUGCUGAGAUAGCAUACGUACUCUGGUAAAAUGAACACAAACAUAUUGCAACAUGCGAGGCACUGUUUGUGCCUGCUGCAAGCGCCUUGCUGCAAGCACAAGUACACACAGCUGUGGAGUUGUGUACUUAUUAUAAGGCCUUGGAGCUUGGAGUUGUGUUCCUUCUAUUCUCCUGCUGAAUGACUUUUGUCCAGAAAAGUUUUAGAUUAUGAUACUCAAUCGAAUUUGAGGCAAAUUUUCGAUCAACACUGUGCACUGAUCUACUGUUGAAGAGGGAUACCAAUACCAAGACUGGCGACAAUGUCCAGUCCGGGUUCCUCGUCCUCUGGCACAACUGUACAGGAGUACAGUGUGCGGGUGCCCAAGACACAGCACAAGCAGAACUGUGUGAUGCAGUUCAACAGCUCGCUGCUGGUCGACUUCACUAAGUGGAACCAGGUGAAGAUGGUUCGCGAGGUUCCAGUCAAGGCUGAUGCAGGUCCGGAAGAUCCGAAGUUUGGUGCGGGGAGUGAGUUCGGCAAGGACAUGCGCGAGGAAGCCCGCCGCAAGAAGCUCGGUAUCGUCGCCAAGAAGAUCAAACCGGACUCCUAUCCCUGGCUGAUGCGAGUCGGUGGCAAGAACGGCAAGAAGUACCGCGGCGUGCGGGGCGGCAGUGUCACGGAAAACGCCUCCUACUACGUCUUCACGCAGGCUAAGGACGGCGCAUUCGAGGCCAGCCCCGUCUCCGAGUGGUACAACUUUCAGCACGUGCAGCGCUACAAGGCGCUCACCGCCGAGGAGGCAGAGGAACAGUUCACAAAGCGUGAUAAAAUCAUGAAUUACUUCACGGUUAUGGUGAAGAAGCGCCUGAAGAACGACGAGGAUGUGGACGAAGACAGCGAAGGGUUAGGAGCAAAUGAAAAGAAGAAAGCUGGAAAGAAAAAGAAGAGUGGAGAUUUCAAACUGACUGAUAUGGACGAGUGGCCCGACUCGGACGAGGGGGAUGAGGACGAAUCGGGAGAGGAGGGAGACGACGACGAGGACCGCAAAAAGAAGAAAAAACGCGACGUCAAAGAGAAAAUGAAGAAGAAGAAUCGGAAGUCAAACGUCAAGGACGAGGCGUUCGAGGACAGUGACGACGGCGACGACGAGGGCAGGGAGAUGGACUACAUCUCCGACUCGUCAGAGAGCGAGGACGAGCUGAAGCCCGUCACCGAGGAGAAGGGAGUGGACCAGGAGGACGCGCUCAAACGGCUGCUCGACUCGGACGCCGAGGUCGAGGAAUCCUCAGAGGAGGAGAAAAAGAGCGACGAAGACGAGGAAAAGAAGAAGGAGGAGGAAGACCAGCAGCCCGAGAAAAAGAAGAAGAGCAAGAAGAAGAAAAAGAAGAAGGAGGUUGAGAAAGAGGAGAAGAGCAGCGAUAGCGAUAACGCCGAUAGUUCGGAGGACGAGAAGGCGGCGCCCAAAGUCAAGACUGAGGGCUCCGGCGCCGGUCCGGCGGCCGCCGCUCCCCCGGCACCCUCCAAGGCCGAGAAGAUCCUGAACGACAUGAAGGCGGCUGAUAAUGGUACGCUGACGGGCGCCAAGCGGCCCUCGCCCACCGGCGGCCGGGCCGACGGCGGUGGCGUCAAACGCAAGCCGGACGACACGGCCGCCAUGGUGGCCAAGAGGGCCAAGCUGGAGCCGGUGCCGUCGCCCCAGGUGGCCAGCGACACGGGUAUCACGGAGGAGGCCGUGCGCCGAUACCUGACACGACGACCCAUGACCACCACCGAACUGCUGCAAAAGUUCAAAAGCAAGAAGGUCGGCCUCUCGUCCGAUCAACUCGUGCCAGUCAUCGCGCAGAUCCUCAAGAAGAUCAACCCCAACAAGCAGACCAUCAAGGGCAAAAUGUAUCUGUCGAUAAACAAGUGAUCUGUGGUUGCCCUGGAGGGUAGCUUUCUCUAGGUGCUAACGCUCGUUGGGUUUCCUCUCAGAGGGUGCCUGCGCCCCGCCACUGUCUGGUGGCUAGGUAAGCCCGGCUGUGUGUCAGGCGCUGGCCUAACCGCAGGCCGACGCCUAUUUAUUUAUUAAACCAAGUAAGUCGCCUCGGAACACACUGCUACUCAUAGUUACAACUUGUGGGGCAUGCUGGGGGUAUUUCGGGCAAGGGUCUGGGUCAAAGCGUGAUGAUUCGCGGAGUUCAUUGCUCAAAAAUGCCUCCUGCGUCCAUUGUACCAUACGCGGCGACUAAACAUCAAUCAUUGUACUGUUCGUACCGUUGUGUCGAAUCACGAAUACCAAUUUCUCCAGUUUUUA